UGAUUCUCUCACGAGAUCUGGCAACGCCGUCCACUUCCUGUCACCAGCCGUUCGCAGCCAUGAUGCAGGAAGGGCUGGACGACGGACCCGACUUCCUUUCCGACGAGGACCGGGGACCGCGGGCAGUGAACGUGGAUCUGGAGAUGGAUGCGACGCUGCAGGUUGACAUCUCUGAUGCUCUGAGUGAGAGAGACAAGGUGAAAUUUACCGUCCACACCAAGAGCACGCUCCCCAACUUCAAACAGAACGAGUUCUCUGUGGUUCGACAGCAUGAAGAGUUCAUUUGGCUGCACGACUCCUUCGUGGAAAACGAGGACUAUGCAGGAUACAUCAUCCCUCCAGCGCCUCCGAGACCUGACUUUGAUGCAUCCAGAGAGAAGUUACAGAAGCUGGGGGAGGGAGAAGGGUCCAUGACCAAGGAGGAGUUCACUAAGAUGAAACAAGAGCUGGAGGCAGAGUACCUGGCCAUCUUUAAGAAGACAGUCGCCAUGCAUGAGGUGUUCCUGUGUCGCGUGGCUGCUCACCCUGUCCUCAGGAAAGACCUCAACUUCCACGUAUUCCUGGAGUACAACCAGGAUUUGAGCGUACGUGGGAAAAACAAGAAGGAGAAACUGGAGGAUUUCUUCAAAAACGUGGUGAAGUCGGCAGAUGGCGUGCUGGUGGCCGGAGUCAAGGAUGUGGACGACUUCUUUGAGCACGAGAAGACGUUUCUGUUAGAAUAUCACAACCGAGUGAAAGAUUCUUCGGCUAAAUGUGACCGAAUGAUCCGCUCACACAAAAAUGCUGCUGAUGACAUGAACAGAAUCGCCUCGUCACUUUACUCACUAGGAACACAGGACUCCACAGACCUCUGCAAAUUCUUCCUGAAGGUGUCGGAGCUGUUUGAGAAAACCAGGAAAAUUGAAGCCCGGGUUGCAGCGGAUGAAGACCUGAAACUGGCUGAUCUGCUUAAAUAUUACCUGAGAGAGUCCCAGGCUGCAAAGGAUCUGCUGUACCGGAGGAGCCGGGCUCUGGUGGAUUAUGAAAAUGCUAACAAGGCUCUGGAUAAAGCACGAGCUAAAAACAGAGAUGUUCUGCAGGCUGAGACCAGCCAGCAGCUCUGCUGCCACAAGUUCGAGAAGAUCUCAGAGUCUGCCAAGCAAGAACUCAUAGACUUCAAGACACGGAGAGUGGCGGCGUUCAGGAAGAACCUGGUGGAGCUGGCAGAGCUGGAGCUUAAACAUGCCAAGGGAAACCUCCAGCUUCUUCAGAGCUGUAUGGGCGUCCUGAAAGGAAACACUUAACAGUCCGACCUGCCUUCAGCCAGAUGGACACGCCUGUGGAGGACGGAGCCGUUAGGGAUGGACGAAGGACACCCAGAGCUCUGAGGCAGAGAGAGAGAGAGAGAGAGAGAGACAGGGAGUGGUUAAAAGUUUUUCUUCAUCACUAACCAGAUAAAAAUCAUCUCCAUCCUCCUCACUUUCUCCCUCUCUCUCUAAAAGCACCCAUCCUGGUCCUCCUGGUUCAGCAUCAGACCUGCAGAACCACCCGGAUCAGCCUGGAGCUUCCUUUUCCUUUUCUCCUCCCCUUGAGUGACUUUCAUAUAAAAGUCCACAGCAUUAUCAGCAGAAAUUACUUGGCGGUUAUCUGGUUUCUCAGUCUGGAUCUGGUCCAGGACAGAAUCCAGUUCUGUUGAUUAGUUUCAGUACUUCUCAGAGAGGGAAACUCUCUGAUCCUCUUCAUGCAUUUAUCAGCAGAAACAGUAGAAAUAUGAACGUCGCUCAGAAGAGCUGAUUCUGAUGGCAGCAUGUCGCAUCUGCACCCCACCAACAGGCAACACUAAGUUUUCUGUGUUUAGAGAAAAGAUCCAGAGAUGAGAACUGGACCUCAUCAGCACAUACAUUUACCAAUUCCUGGUGCCACAGGUUGGAAGUUUGUCCACCAGUCACAUUUUUAUCAACAUCGCCCCCAAAUGAAGGAGGAAACCUUCGAUUCAUUGACGAAAAUCUAGAAAUUUAAGUUGUUAAAUAAGAUUUUGAGACUCAUUAAAAAUAAAAAUCAAGGUUAUCAGAAGAUUUUUAAAAAUAAAAAUCUGCUUCUGCCCCGCCCACCCAUGUUGGUGAUGCUCAUCUUGGUUUUAAUGUCGCUGCUGAGCCGGCAAAGCGUCUGCUGGAUUCCUGCUCAUUAAAAUGUCAUUUAGAAAAGAAAAAAAAAGCCUUGUACAUGUUUGUAUGAACUAACGAACGCUAAUCAUCGCUGUUGCUUCGUCUUCUCUCUUUUUUUUCGGUCAUUCCAGUCGGUGGAGCUUCAGUCUUUUUGCCUUAACGUCAGUCUGUCGCUCCGUUUUGAUUCAGUGUAAAGAAAAACGUCACAACUCUCCACUCUUCUGUUUUUACUCACUGUAUAUGAAUGUUUUUCACUCUGAUGUGACCAAAGCUUCCAUUACUGAUUGAAGAUGGAGAUGUGAUGACACAGAAAAGAAGAAAACAUGGAUGAUCAUGAAACUCACCAGAUUUUUGUUGUUGAAACUUCAGCAGGUCUGUAAACCACCCCGUCAUACUGAGACUCAAUAAAACUUUAUGGACACUUUUCUUAUAAA